AUGGCAACCCGCCUGUCCACCCGGCGCCGCAAUGACGCCAGAGCCUCCUUCCGCCGUUUCGGUUGGCAAGCUUCAGUUGUGCCUGGCAAGGUCAGCCUGAUUGAACCCGAAUCCUCGGCCUCCGGAUUUCUUUUUUUGGCUCCUCGGUCUCUCCGCGUGCCCCUCUUUUUCCUAUCAUUGAUCGUUGAGACUCCACUGUUCAGCUCUGCCCUUCAGACAGUGGAGAUGACGGUAGAAACAAACGGGCAGGGAAGGACUCAUUUGGAAGCCUGUUACAAUUUGCGCAUGAAGUCCAAAGCUUCAAUACCUGAUCCUCACGAGGUGUACGCCAUGCAUCCGCCUAUCGUACAGGAUGUCCGCGAUGUCGUACCUACUGCAUGGUAUGCAGUUAUGUACUGUGGUGCAUACUCAAUACUGCCCCUCGUCGGCUCUGAGAUUCCCCCCCCCCUCAUGUUCAAGAUCUCAGUGGCUGGGGAAGAUCUUCCAAACAAGUCAUAG